CUCAGCCCUGUGCCUGACAGGACACAGCUGCAGAGAUGAAUAACCAAGGAGUUACCUAUGCAGAACUCAGUCAGGUUAAGGGUUCAAAAAGACAGCAAGUGAAAACUAAGGGCACUAAAAGUCCCAUUUCGGAAACUGAGCAGGAAAUAACAUAUGCAGAAUUAACUCUUCAAGAUGCUUCAAAUCUUCAAAAUGCUUCUCAGGAUCCUCAAAGGAACAGCAAGAACUCCCACUGCAAAGGGAAGCUCGUUGCUGGGAUCCUGGGGAUCAUUUGCCUUGUCUUAAUGUCCACUGUGGUCACAAUAGCUGUUAUUCCUGUUACUGAAGGACCGAAACAGAACAAAACAUCCCUGGAAACUAGGAUCCAGAAAGCAUAUUACUGUGGUCAUUGUCCAAAAGAGUGGAUGACAUAUUCCAACAAUUGCUAUUACAUUAGCACUGAAAGAAAAUCAUGGAGUGAGAGUUUGUCGGCCUGUGCUUCGAAGAAGUCUACCCUAUUCUCCAUAGAGGAUGAAGAAGAAUUGCAUUUGUUAGGCCUCUUAAUUUCUUCUUCAUGGCUUGGAGUCUCCCAGACAAGCAAUAAUAAUCCAUCUGUGCAGCCGAAACCCUCAACUUUCUCUUCCAAAACGUUGGCAGUAUCAUCAGAGAGUGACCGGGCUUGUCCAUAUUUCAAUUUUGGACUGGAGAAAGUUUUUUUUACAUCUUGUUUAAAAAUUAAAACAUACACUUGUAAGCACCAGGCCUUUUAGUUACCUAAUUUUGGUAUAAUGCUAUCCCACCAUAUAUAAAGAACAUGUUUCUCAUUUCUCCAAAAGACAUGCAAUUAUUGUCUCAGAAUAUUUUUCAGAUAUAAUUUUUAGAGAAGUUUUAUGUUCACAACAAAAUUAAGAGGAAGUUACAGAGUUUUCUUCUAUUGCCCCUGUCCACACACCUACCUCUCCCCCAUUAUCAACAUCCCUCACUAGAAUGGUUCUUUUAUGACCAGAAAUGAAUCUACAACAAUGUGUCAUAAUCAUCCAAAAUUUAGUUUAUACAUGAGGUUUCACCCUUGGUGUUGUUGGACUGUUUUUCAAGAUUUAUUUAUAUUAAAGUAAAAAAUAUAUAUACUCAGGUACAUAUUAUACAUUUCUUAAGCUUUUGCUAUUCACUAAAAUAAAUUAUACAUAUAAAUUACAAAUCAUAAUAUUAUUGUGAAGUUCCCAAUAUAUUGAGUAAUUGUGCUCAUAUUUCCAAAUUAAUUGAUU